AUGAAACUAAACUUGAAUCUUGUGAGCGUGGCUGCUCUUGCAGCAGCCUUUGCUCCAACUGCUAUUGAAGCUCAGAAAGGGGGCAAGACUGUCAAAGCCAACCUUGGUCUCUGUUAUGCCCAAGCCGCUUGUGUUGAUUUCAAAGUGAGCAAGGCCGCCGAUGGUUCUUGUGCCGCGUCUGGUACUUGCGGGAUUGAGGUUUGCAUGGUCUUGGACACCACCACUCCUGGAUGUCCCAAGGAUGGCUCCAUCAGUCACUUGUGUGCUGCCAGUGAUGGCGAUGGUUGCGCCGCUUAUGCUCCUGAUGGUCUCACUCCUCUAACCGGAAAGGGAAGCUCUACUGAUUGUUUGAGUACCACCUUUGAUGGAAAGUGCGAACCCGAAACUCAAGGAAGUCCAACCCGUAUUGAAAUGUGUCAAACUGCCGAGCCUGGACAAACCGUCUACUGGGCUCUCAAGGACUCUGAUGUUGAAGACAUCGGAUACUAUGACUACUCUGCAAGCGCUAACUACACCUAUGCCGCUGAUGAUGGUACCGAUUGUUACUCUCCCAAGAUUGCCUGCUUUGGAAACUCUACCUUGUCCUGUGCUGACCCAAAGAACGACAUGCACUUGUCUUCUCGUGUCUGGUCUUAUGAGAUCCCUGCCAAUGAUGGUACCUCAUGUGACUUGUGCGACAAUGGUGGAACUGUACCAGCUGUGGAACCAUCUAGUCCUUCUGAACCAGCCGCUUCUCCAACCAGUCCUACUGAACCUGUCGCAACUACCAACCCUGACGGAACUUUCGUUAUCCCUGACACAGAUACGGUUGAUACUGAUCCCGGUGACGCUGAUACAGUUGGUGCUGAUGCUGAUGACUCUGGUUCCUCUGGUGGUGGUAAAACAGCCAAAGCGAACCUCGGUCUUUGUUAUGCUCAAGCUUCCUGUAUCGAAUUCACCGUCAAGAAGCACGAUUCCACAGCUUGUGCUCUCACUGGAGAUUGUGCCAUUGAAGUCUGCAUGGUCUUGGACACUACCAUGGAAGGUUGUGCCAAGGAAGGUCCCAUCAGUCACUUGUGUGCUGCUAGCGAUGGCCAAGGAUGUGCUGCUUAUGAUACCGAUGGUAUUACCCCUCUUACAGGAAAGGGGGGUUCUGAUUUGUGUGAUCUUACUGGAGAAAACGGCUCUGCCGCCUUUGAUGGAAAGUGCGAACCUUCGGAACAACAAGCAAAAAUUACCAUGUGUCAAGAAGCCGAGCCCGGACAGACUGUCUACUGGGCUCUCAAGGAUUCUCAAGUGCAAGAUACUGGAUAUUAUGACUACUCUGCCAGCUCCAACUUUACCUACCCUGCUGAAGAUGGAUCUGGUGACUGUUAUUCUCCCAAGAUUGCUUGCUUUGGUAACACUACCUUGAAGUGUGCUGAUCCUAAUGGUGACAUGCACUUGAACACUCGUGUUUGGUCUUAUGAGAUCCCAUCCAACGAUGGAAGCUCUUGUGAUUUGUGCGAUGCUCCUUCGCCAUCUGAACCAAGCUCUCCAUCCGAGCCAUCUUCGCCAACCGAACCAAGCUCUCCAACUGAGCCAUCUUCGCCAAACGAACCAAGCUCUCCCACAGAGCCAAGUUCUCCAACUGAACCAAGCUCACCAACCGAGCCUUCUUCACCAACUGAACCAAGCUCUCCAACCGAGCCUUCUUCGCCAACUGAACCAAGUUCUCCAACUGAGCCGAGUUCUCCAACUGAACCAUCGUCGCCAACUGAGCCAAGCUCUCCAACCGUGCCAUCUUCGCCAAGUUCUCCAACUGAGCCAUCUUCGCCAAGUUCUCCAACUGAGCCAUCUUCGCCAACUGAGCCAAGCUCGCCGACCGAACCAAGCUCUCCAACCGAACCAAGCUCUCCAACCGAGCCUUCUUCGCCAACUUCUCCAACCGAACCUUCUUCGCCAACUGAGCCGAGUUCUCCAACUGAACCAUCGUCGCCAACUGAACCAAGCUCUCCAACUGAGCCAUCUUCACCAACCGAACCAAGCUCUCCAACAGAACCAAGUACUCCAACCGAGCCUUCUUCGCCAACCGAACCAAGCUCUCCAACAGAACCAAGUACUCCAACUGAGCCUUCUUCGCCAACUGAGCCAAGCUCGCCGACUGAACCAAGUUCUCCAACUGAGCCAUCUUCACCAACCGAUCCAAGUUCUCCAACUGAGCCAAGUUCUCCAACCGAGCCUUCUUCGCCAACUGAGCCGAGUUCUCCAACUGAACCAUCGUCGCCAACUGAGCCAAGCUCUCCCGCAGAGCCUUCUUCGCCAACCGAACCAAGCUCUCCAACUGAGCCAUCUUCACCAACCGAUCCAAGCUCUCCAACCGAGCCUUCUUCGCCAACCGAACCAAGCUCUCCAACUGAGCCAAGCUCUCCCACAGAGCCAAGCUCUCCAACUGAACCAAGCUCACCAACCGAGCCUUCUUCACCAACUGAACCAAGCUCUCAAACUGAGCCUUCUUCGCCAACUGAGCCAAGCUCGCCAACUGAGCCUUCUUCGCCAACUGAGCCAAGCUCGCCGACUGAACCAAGCUCUCCAACUGAGCCAUCUUCACCAACCGAUCCAAGCUCUCCAACCGAGCCUUCUUCGCCAACUGAACCAAGCUCUCCAACUGAGCCAUCUUCACCAACCGAACCAAGCUCUCCAGCUGAACCAAGUUCUCCAACUGAACCAAGUUCUCCAACUGAGCCUUCUUCGCCAACUGAGCCAAGCUCUCCUUCUGAGCCAACCCUUCCAGGAUCUCCUACGGAUAUCCCUCCAUCUGAGCCAACUGAGCCAAGCUCCCCAACUGAUCCUUCUUCUUCAUCAUCCGGGGCAUUUUCUCCCACUGCACCAAUUGCACCAACUGGCCCUGCAGAACCAUCCAGUCCUACUGAACCAGCUGCCACUGAGCCUAUUGGACCUACAGAACCAUCCAGUCCUACUGAACCAGCUGCCACUCAGCCUGCUGGACCUACGGAGCCCACCCUCGGAGCUCCAACUUCUCCAAACACCGCACCUUCCCCUGGAAGCAACGGAGAUCCUCACUUCAAGACAUGGAGAAACGAACAUUUUGAAUAUCAUGGACAGUGUGAUCUGGUACUCGCCAAGGACGAUUCGUUUGCUCAUGGUCGUGGUCUCAAUGUUCAGAUUCGUACCAAGCUUGUCAGGUAUUGGAGUUAUAUCAAGAACGCUGCCAUUCGCAUUGGCGAUGACAUUCUCGAAGUGGAAGGCUCCAGUGACAACGAACGAGAAGUAUCCAAUUAUUGGAUCAACUUUGAAUACCAAGCAAAUAAGAAGAAGGCCGCCACCAUUGGUGGUUUCCCAUUGACUAUUUUCGAUGACUUGGUUCCAGUUCAUCCCAAACGCCGAUUCGAGAUUGAUUUGAGCUCCAAGUAUCCUGGACAAAAGAUUGUAAUCGCAACAUUCAAGGAGUUUGUCAAGGUUGACUUUGUCAAUUCCUCUCAAGAAGCUUUUGGCAAUACGAUCGGUAUGUUGGGAGACUACAAGACUGGAAAGACGCUUGGUCGCGAUGGAGUUACUGUAUUGGAUGAUUUCCAUGAGUUUGGAAACGAGUGGCAAGUGCUUCCCGUCGAUGACAUGUUGUUCCACAGUACCGAGCAGCCUCAGUUUCCAAGAAAGUGCGUCCUUCCAGAAGAUCCUCAAGGACAACGCCGUCGCCGCCUGGAAGAAUACUCCGUCACUGUUGAAGCUGCCGAAAAGGCAUGUUCCACUUUGACCGACGAACUCUCCCGCAAAGAUUGCGUCUACGAUAUUAUCGCCACUCAAGACAUGGACAUGGUGGGUGCCUUUUAA